UUCCUGAUAAGUGGUUGGAAAAAUGGAAAGGUAUCACGAGAGCAUCGCACACGAUUGGAAACCGUUUUGGGGCGCUUUGCAACAUCAUAGCUGGAUACUGCAGAUAUUGCGCUGCGAAUCCGAUCCAGUCCUUACUGAGAUACUUGAUAUCUGCAAUGAUGCAACAACUUCUGAGAUGGCUAAGCAAUCACAAAAAAACUAUUUAAAAUUUCUCAACUAUCUUUUGCUUCUAUUUUUCUUAAAGUGCUUGGUUUUGGAUUGAGAGAAAGAUGAAGUUUGCUGACUGACUUAUAACAUGGACGAAUGAUG